AUGACCGAGUCCACCACUAUUCUCUUCGUUCCAGGUGCAUGGCAUAGCCCUGACUGCUAUGAUCCAGUGGUGCAACGCCUCGAAGCUGCAAACUACAAAACCGACAAGGUCUACUUGCCCUCAGUCGGUCCUGUCGAACAUCACUUGAGUUUUGAUGCAGAUGUUGCACAAAUUCGCACUCAUAUCGAAAGGGCAGCGGAAGCCGGGCAAGAAGUCGUCUUGAUCGUUCACUCUUACGGUGGCUUGCCUGCAAGCGAGGCAAUCAAAGGUCUAGAUAUCAAAACACGGCAGCAGAAUGGUCUGACUGGGGGUGUUUCUCAUCUAUUCUUCUGCACCUCCUUCGUCAUCAAGGAAGGAGAUUCCCUGAUCGGCGCUUUCGGUGGGAAUGACCUGCCAUGGUUUAUCGUCAGCGACGACAAGCUAGAAGUCAACCCUGCCAACCCGAAGAAAACCUUUUACCACGACUGUGAUGCCGUCCAGAUUGAGACUUCCAUUGCGGCCUUGAAGCCUCAUAGUUAUCAGACGCUCCACAGCCCUUGCACCUACGCUGCCUGGAAAGAUGUACCAAGUACCUAUCUGUACUGCACUGAGGAUGCUGCUAUUCCCCUGGUGGUCCAAAAGGGAAUGGUUGAAGGAACGGCAAAUGGAACUGGAAUGAGAACAGAGUCGGUGGACGCAUCGCACAGUCCAUUCCUCAGUAAGCCUGAUGAAGUCACCGCAGCGAUUCGGCGGGCUGCUGGGGAGGUGGUUUGA